UUACUCUGUUUCUCUGAAAAUCAGAGUCGUUUUUGAAAACUACUCUAAGUGCCUUGAGUAAAAAAAUUGAUGUUUUUUUUUACUCUGAUUAUAUCAGAGUAACCAUUUGUACCCCUCUGAGGGUUAGUGUACAGGGGGUAUACCUAUAGAUUUCCCCUGUACCCUUAGUGAGGAAUGGGACAGGAAUUUGGAGGCUAUGGUUGACGCUGGUCCUGUCGCCGAACCUUCAGUUGUACCUGUUGUCACUGCAUCAACCCCAGCGUCCACAUCAACGGCAUCAACUCCUGCCUCAACUCCUGCGUCCGCCUCAGAAAAGAAGCGUCGCUUCAACCAGACUUAUCUCCCGAAGCAAGAGGCGCUGCUGAAGGAGGUCGAGAAUCAGAAGAAAAUGGAGGACUUCGGGAAGCACGACCCUGACGGCGCGAGGAUCAUUCGUCUACUUCGAACUAUGCUGUUCAUAUGCAAGGAGGAUGCCCCGAUCGCCAUGUUCACGCGGCUCGUCGGGUUCAUGGCGGAGGAGGGUGUCGAGGACAUUCCGAAGCAGACUUAUGGCGUCUACAUCACGCAUGUCAUCCGUGGCUUCGGCGAGAUUGUUGGGCGUUCAACACCGUGGUACGAGAGGUUCAAGGAGCUCCAGCUGAUCAUCCACAACACGAACCUCGAGCACCAAGGGCUCUUCAACAUCCGGUGGCUUUCUCGUGGAGAUGCCGUAAAUCGACUCUGCAGGGUCCUCGGCGCUGUAAUCGCUGUGCUCAUUGAGUACAACCACAAGCUGGUUCCAGUGGUCAAAACGCUGAAGUUCCACUUCUGUUUAUACUUUCUGGCUGACAUCCUCGCUGAGCUUAACACGCUCAACAGGUUUUUCCAGAAGCGGUCGGAGGUCGACCGCACCGUCACGUACAUCAAGCAUCGCUACGUGGAGUAUGGCGAGACCUUCGGCGCGGGGCUGAGCAAGCGGCUUAGCAAGUUUCUGCAGAGCUAUGACGAGAAUGAAGGCAAGGUGGUGGUGCACGGCGCGGAUGACGACGGACGCCCGGUUUCCCACAGUUUCAAGCUCGUGGAGAGCUCCCUGCCCGGUCACAAGUACGGUGGCACCAAGGCGGCCUGCAUCACGCUGUGCACCGCCUUUGCUGAAGACACCGUGCAGAACCUGAACCAGAGGAUGUGGGACCUGAAGCGGAUGGCCGGGUCGAAGCUGUACAAGGUGGACACAUGGCCGAAGAAGCAGGACGUGCGGGAACGAAGAGCGCGCACUUGGGUCAAGUCGAACCUGGAGCUGUUUGACAACAAGCUUCCUGGAGUGGAUGGUCGAGCAGCUGAGCUGGAGUUAAAGACUUUCUGUCACAUCAUGAAGACGCACCGUGCUGAUGACGACUUCGGCCAAGGCCUCGCCAACAUGCUGAAGACGAGGGACUGGGCCAAAAGCUAUCCGAAUCUCAUGAGGAUCUGGCAGGCGAUGGCGGUUCUGCCCUUGAGCACCGUCGAGUGCGAGCGCGGUUUCAGCAGGCAGAACGCCGUCAAGAGUUGGCUGAGGACGAGCCUGUGUGAUGCAAGACUCGGCGACCUGAUGACCAUUAGCCUCCUGGAGUACGACAUGGACUACCCUGAGAUCGUGGAGAUCUGGAGACGCCAGAAGAACCGCAGACAGGCAAAAGUGGUGGCUUAUGAGAGGAGCAGCGAUGCUGCCAAGGGCAAGGAGCAUGAUGAGUCAGAGGAGGAUAGUGGCUCUUGUGAGAGUGCCUCAGAGGGAGACGAGGAUGAGCAUGGUGACUAAUGUAUGUAUGUGUAUUUGAAAUGAAAC